AUGAGUAUGGCGCAGCCUGAGGACGCUGCCUCUGUGCUUGAGCAAUUCGUGCACGAUGGUGAGUAAUGAGACUAACUUCACCGAUCGUCUCUCCUUGAAAGGCAUUUGCUGACUUCUUAUGUAGUGGCGAACAUUCCCGCCGAGAUCAGCCAUCUGAUGGAAGAAAUCCAAGCCAAGGACCUGCAAAUCGCAGCUUUCCGAGACGAAAUCAACAAGCGAGAUGCGCAGCUUCAGAAAUGGGUGCGGGUCAACGGCGGACAUGUGCACAACCCCAAGGAGGAAGCUUUCUCCAAGACUAUCAACGACUGCUACGACAAGUGCGAGGUUCUACAAGCCGAGAAGCUUGGCUUGUCAGAGAAGGCCAUGAUCGUGCUGAAUCGCCAAAUCAAGCGCCUGGAUGUUAGUCUGCGAGGUUUGGCCCAGACCGAGCAGUUUCCUUCCGACUGGGUUGGCCCUAGCUUGCUAACCGAUUCUGCUGUACCCACAGGGGUGAACACGCCGGCUUCAGGAGUUGGCGCAGCCCCGACAACUGGCCCUCUACAGGCUGUCAGUGGCAACGUUGGGACUACCGGUGGCGCUCCCAACUUCGCCAUGAAUGCAGCUCAAGCGCGACUUGCUCAGAAUGCCGCGACAGGAAACCGAGGUACAGCUAGUGGUGCACAGACUCCAGUAAACAUUCCGAGAGCACAAAGAGAAGGUAGUAGCGAGGCAAACAAACGCAGGCGGCUUAACGCAUCUCUAGGCAGUCUACCAACAGCCUCGAGCCAUCUGCGACAAUCUUCGCUUGGGCCAGGGACCCCCAAAGCAGGUACUCCAAACCCAACUGGCUCUUCUCGAGCCGGAUCGGCCCAGCCAUCCCGCCCGGCUGCCAGUCAGAAAAAGGCACAGCCUUCAGGAGCAAGUCGCAAAGCGCCACCUCCCAACAAGAAGAGCGGCCAUCGGCCUCGUCCUUCAGGUACAAGUAAGAAAUCCGACCGCCGCCGGCAACUUGCCCGAGACCGCGCAACUCCCAGCACAAACGCUUCGCUGUCCGGUUCUGACGAUGAGGAUUCAGCUUCCCCUACUCCUUCUUCCAUGCAGCGUAGCCAACAUGACGGUUCAGCAGAUCGAGCAGAAGACGAAAUCGAUGACGAUGACCUUACUUUGUACUGUCAGUGUCAGAAGGUCAGCUUUGGCGACAUGGUCGGAUGCGACAACGAUGAUUGCCAGUUCCAGUGGUUCCACUACAAGUGUGUGGGACUCACGGAAGAACCAAAGGGACAAUGGCUGUGUCCAACUUGCAGAAGUCUACCGAAGAACAAGCUGAAGAUUACUAAGGAUUCUUGA